UUCCGCUCAGUGCUGCCAUCUGCAAGGCGUGAGUCGUUGGCGGCCAUGCCUAUCCACGACAGUGAAUAGGAAUGCUGCUGCAGCACUGAGUUGUUGAAAUGAUGGGCAAUGAAUGAUCCAGCUGAUGUAGGUCGGCGGGGUCUGCCCCUGACCUCGGCAUCCCCAUUGGCGUCCGCUGGUGGUCAACAGUUUGUGAUCACAAGCCCACUGCAGCAGGUGACGCUGUCACAGUCACCUGCCGGUGGUUUAUUGCACCGGGUGUCAUCAGCCAGUGCUGGACGCCUAGUCUCCCGUUCGCCAUCUGUUCUGGGUCGACCUGCUGCAGUCAGUGGUGCUGCAUCACCGCUGUACAACACUCCCAGCAAAGUGCUUGCACGAAGUCCCCAGCAGCCUCGCAAAAAGAUCAAGUUGGAGGAGCGCCUUUCCAGUAGUGACGAAGUAACCCUAAAGCGGCAGAAUGUGCUUGAUUACAAACUGGACAAGUUGGCGAGCCUCCGUGAGCUGCACGAGGAGCUCACUUCCGAGCUAUAUUAUCUGGAGGAUGGUGGCAACAUAAUGGAGUAUCCAGCAUGGCAGAAGCGGCCACCACUGCAAUACCUCAAUUACAAGAAGCGCAUGCUUCUGGACUCAGAUGAUGAGGAUGGACCAGAGGUGAAAGUUCCAGUGACUGGUGGCACUCCAGUAGCUGUGUCCACCACACUCCCAAGCCCGAUCUCCAAACUGGCUCAUUUGAAAGGGAAGAAGCUUGGAAGACAGCAUGGAAUUGUGUUUGGAAGUUGCCAGUUAUCUGCUGUUAAAGACAAGCUGAAUCCCAUGCUCUUGGGUUCAGGCUCGGUGGCACCGCGCGGUCCCGGCCGGCCGCCAGGCUCGGGCUCCUCGUCACAUUCCCUGUCGGAUCCACCCAGCACUGAGCACAUGGUGGAGAAGGCAAAACAGGAGGCGCAGGUGAUGCAGCGGAUCAGCGACCUCAGGAAGCAGGGCAUCUGGUCUGAGAAGCGCUUACCCAAAGUGGCCGAGCCCAAGCGGGUCAAGGCCCACUGGGACUACCUCCUGGAGGAGAUGCAGUGGUUGGCGGCCGACUUCGCGCAGGAGCGCAAGUGGAAGAAGGCGGCGGCGCGCAAGUGCGCGCGCAUGGUGCAGAAGUAUCAUCAGGACAAGGCCGCUCAGGCUGAGCGGGCUGUCAAGGACCAGGAGCGCGACCUACGCCGUGUGGCGGCGUUUGUGGCGCGCGAGGUGCGGACGUUCUGGACCAACGCUGAGAAGCUGGUUGAGUUCAAAAUCACGGCGCGGCUGGACGAGAAGCGGAAGAAGGCGCUGGACCAGCACCUCAACUAUAUCGUCAAUCAGACAGAGAAGUACAGUGAGAAGUUGGUGGAGGCUCUGCAGCAGACAAGCGCGCAGCCCAGCCGCGCCUCCUCGUCCGGGCUGGCGCCCGAUGCCGGCGCCCAGCUGGACGACGAGUUUGAGCCGCACUCGAGCUCGGAGGACGAUGAGGAGACGAUCGCUCUGGCCGAGCGGCACCUGCAGCAGCAGGACACGACGGCCGAGGUGAGCGCGCUCCAGCGCGAGUCGCAGCUGUCGCUGGACGCCGUGCUGGACCAGCUGCCGGCCGGCUACCUGGAGAACCGCCACUGCGACCUCGACGCCGCCAGCGCGAAGGACUCGGCCGUGAACUCGGACGACGACUUCGAGGCGGAGUCUGGCGCGGGCAGCGACGACGAGGCGACCAUCGCCGAACAGGAGGGCACCGAGCAGCACGAGGACCACGCCAAGGAGAUCAACCAGCUGCAGGAUGAAGGUGAGAUGCCUCUGAAUGAGCUCAUGAAAAAGUACGUCGGUGGCUCGACUGCGGCCGGUAGCGAAUCCCAGAACGAGUCUGAGAACGACGGCGACGACGAAAAUGCUACGGGAGACGAGGACGACGACGAGGGUACGGUGGACGAGGACGACGUGGAGGAACAGACGGAGGACGAAGAAGAUGAAGAGGAGGAGGAGCAGGAGGAGGAAGAGGAAGAAGAAGAAGAAGAAGAAGAAGAAACCGAGAUGGAGAUCGGGCUGAAAUCGUUGCUCGACGUGAACGCCAGCGACGCGGGAGACGCCACGAAGGCAGGCCUGUCCGGGCCGGCCGAGAUCACCGACGUGGCGGCGCUUGCCGAGACGUUCCAGCCCAAAGGCUACACGCUCUCCUCGACCACCGUCAAGACGCCGGUGCCGUUCCUGCUCAAGCACUCGCUGCGCGAGUACCAGCACGUGGGCCUCGAGUGGCUGUCGACCAUGUUCGAGAAGAAGCUGAACGGCAUUUUGGCGGACGAGAUGGGUCUGGGCAAGACGAUCCAGACGAUCGCGCUGCUGGCUCACCUCGCCUGCGAGAAGGGCAUUUGGGGACCGCAUCUAAUCAUCGUACCCACCUCGGUGCUGCUCAACUGGGAGAUGGAGCUGAAGAAGUGGUGUCCUGCCUUCAAGAUCCUCACGUACUACGGUACGCAGAAGGAGCGCCGCAUGAAGCGAACUGGCUGGACGAAGCAGAACUUCUUCCACGUGUGCAUCACGUCGUACAAGUUGGUGCUUCAGGACCAUGGCGCCUUCAGAAGGAAAAAGUGGAAGUACCUGAUCUUGGAUGAGGCUCAGAAUAUCAAGAACUUCAAGUCACAACGGUGGCAGCUGCUGCUCAACUUCCAAUCACAAAGACGGCUCCUGCUGACUGGCACGCCGCUGCAGAAUAACCUGAUGGAGCUGUGGUCGCUGAUGCACUUCCUCAUGCCGCACGUGUUCGCCUCGCACCGCGAGUUCAAGGAGUGGUUCUCCAACCCGGUGUCAGGCAUGAUCGAGGGCAACACCGAGUACAACGAGAGCAUUAUCAAGCGGCUGCACAAGGUGCUGCGGCCGUUCCUCCUGCGACGGCUGAAGACGGAGGUGGAAAAGCAGCUGCCCAAGAAGUAUGAACAUGCCAUCAUGUGCAGACUCUCCAAGCGGCAGCGCUACCUCUACGACGAGUUCAUGAGCCGCACCAAGACCAAGGAAACCUUGGCGACGGGUAACUUCAUGAGCGUCAUCAACAUCCUGAUGCAGCUGCGCAAGGUUUGCAACCAUCCAGACAUGUUCGAGGCGCGGCCCAUCGUGUCGCCGUUCCGGAUGGCGCGCAUCGAGUUCGUCACGGCCUCGUGCGCGUGGAGCGCUCUCCAAUACGACCCGUUCAAGCACGUGGAUCUGAACUUCCUGAAUCUGCUGCUGGCCGACCUUGAGUUGUCGCUGACGGCGUUCGCGGCGCACCGGACGCGCCGCUUCCAAGCGCCGAGCCGGCUGAUCGAGGAGGUGGACUUGCGGCCGCCGCCACCGCCUCGCUGUCCGGCAGGCCGCAUCCGACUGCACGUGCGCGCCACGCCGCCGACGAGCGGCGUGUCGGCCGCGCCGCCCCCGCGGUUGCCGACGCCGGCUCCGCCGCGGCCGCUGGCGCCGCCGGCCGCCGCCACCGCACCGGCGCCGGCCUCGCUGCGCGGCUACGCGCUACAGGUGGUGCAGGGCGGCGUGGUGAAGACGAUCCCGCUGUCGUCGCUGAGCGGCGCCGGCGGCGGUCCGCUGGCGCUGCAGAUCCAGCAGACGGCGCAGGGGCCGCGUCUGGUGCCGGCCACCUCGUCUGCCGGCCUGCUGCUGCAGCCCGGCAAACCGCUGCUCGGCCAGACGCGCGCGCUUGGCAACGGCGCCCGUCUCACCACGCCCGCUUCAGUGGACCCGCAGUCGCUGGCGGCGAUGCUUGCGGCGCGCGGCCUGCCGGCCAACACCAGCGUGACGUUCGCCCGGCUGACGUCCGCCGCUGCGCCCCGGCCGACCGCCUCCAACGCGCUUGUCAGCAGCGUGCCCGCACAGCCGGCGGUGAACGCUGCGUCGCCCCAGUCGGCGCCUGCCUCGCGUCCGAUGCCGCCGCAGCCACCGCAGCCCACUAGCCUGCUGUCGCCGCGGCCCACGCCGCCGCCGUCGCCCGGCCGGCCGGCGCCCGCGCUGCCGCAAACCAAGCCACACUCCAUCUUCCGAAUAAACUCACUGGAGGAGCAGCGCAAGAUGAUGCGGAAGGAGAAGCUGCUGACACUGUACCGGAUCAACAAGCGACGCUGCGAGGCGUGCCCCAUUUACGGCGCUGAUCUGGUGCAGUCCGUACGCGUGGUGGACGGCGCCGGCGGCCGCGUGCCCGUCUGGAAUGGGCUGGCGCACUGUGCGCCGCAGACGGCCGCCGGCGCCGUGCGCCGCUACUGGCACCGCACCGACGCGCUCAGCCGCCUCCUGCCCAGCGUCGACGACGUGCUGCAGCAGAUGGACAACAUACUCAGAAGAUACGUGGUGUACACGCCUGGCGUGUUGGCGCCGGAGAUUCGUCCGCACGUGAGCCACCCGCCGCCGUCGCGGAUCGAGGCCGAGCGACGGCGGCGACUGCGGCUGGUGGUCGAACUGUCGCCGCGUGUCUUCACGCUGCACCGGAUCGCCAGUGCCAUGACCACUCAGUUCCCGGAGCGGCGGCUGAUCCAGUACGACUGUGGCAAGCUUCAGGUGAUGGACCUGCUGCUGCACAAACUGAAGUCGGAAGGCCAUCGAGUGCUCAUCUUCACCCAAAUGACGCGUAUGCUCGACAUCCUGGAGCAGUUCCUGAAUUUCCACGGCCACAUCUACCUGCGACUGGACGGCACGACGCGAGUGGACCAGAGACAGGCGCUUAUGGAGCGGUUCAACGCGGACAAACGCAUCUUCUGCUUCAUUCUGUCGACGCGCUCGGGCGGCAUAGGCGUCAACCUGACGGGCGCCGACACGGUGGUCUUCUACGACUCGGACUGGAACCCGACGAUGGACGCGCAGGCGCAGGACCGCUGCCACCGGAUUGGCCAGACGCGCGACGUGCACAUCUACAGGUUGGUGAGCGACAAAACGAUCGAGGAGAACAUCGUGAAGAAGGCCAACCAGAAGCGUCUGCUUGGCGACCUAGCUAUCGAGGGCGGCAACUUCACCACGGCGUUCUUCAAGAAGGGCACGCUGCAGGACCUGUUCAACGUCGACAUGGGCGAGGACGACGCCAACAAGCGCAUGGCCGAGGUGGCGAAGCGCAGGCCCGACAAGGCCGAGGUGCCUCUGCCGCCCGUGUCGGCCGAGGUGGCGUUCGAGACGGCACUGGCCGCCGCCGAGGACGAACCAGACGCGCGCGCCGCCUGCACGGCGCGCGCCGAGGCCGACGCCCAGAUGGCCGAGUUCGACGAGAACAUCCCGCUGGAGGAGGGUGCCGACGUCGAGCCGGACGUGUCGCGCGCAGAGCUGGAGGUCCGACAGCUGGUCAGCCAGCUGACUCCGAUCGAACGCUGGGCGGUCGCCUUUGUGGAGGAGACGGACGACGGCUGGCAGCGCGAGGCCGAGCGCGUCGCCGCCGAGAUCGACGCACGCAAGCGCGAGUGGGAGGCGGACCACCAGCAGGCGAUGCGGCAGCAGGAGCGGGACUCGGCUCCCUCGGACGCCGAGUCGCUCACUUACGUGGCCGACGAGACGAGCCAGGUGCGCCCGCCACCGGCCGUCUCCGCCUGUCGCGUCACGCUGCACCGCAUCGACGACCACCUCGACAGCCCCAAAACGCGCUCGCGCAGCACCGUGGACAUUAACCUGUGGACGCUGGACACCCACCCGCUGCUGCCGGGCGAGCGGCCGGUGCGCAAGGGCGCCGAGACGCCCGUCCAGAACGGCUCGGCCACGCCGCCGCGCCGCAAGGCCCGGCGCGGGCGCGCGCUGGGCCGGCCGCGGCGAGUCGUGGAGGACUAGCGCUCCCCCCCCCCUCCCCUCAUCCGCCCCCUCACCGCGCCCGCCGAAGUCUUAAAACUAAAUGAAUUCCCACUAUUGCCAGUUCUCAGGCAUUAUUUGCGUAUUCACCGCGCGGAGUGCGGAUCCAUCGUUUAGUGUGAUACCGGUGGCUUCCAUUUUGGAGCUGUCAUUGCAUGUGCUGUCAUUGUUGCGCGUGCGCGCGUGUGCUACUGAUGCGAAUA